CCACCCCCCCACCCCCCACCAGUGACCAAAGAUUUGACCACUCAAAAGUCCUGCUCCCUAGAACACUGCUCAACAUGGACACCGGUGUGAUUGAAGGUGGAUUAAACGUCACACUCACUAUCCGGCUACUUAUGCAUGGAAAGGAAGUUGGCAGUAUCAUCGGAAAGAAAGGAGAAUCAGUUAAGAAGAUGCGCGAGGAGAGUGGUGCACGUAUCAACAUCUCAGAAGGAAAUUGUCCUGAGAGAAUUAUCACUUUGGCUGGACCCACUAAUGCCAUCUUCAAAGCCUUUGCUAUGAUCAUUGACAAACUGGAAGAGGACAUCAGCAGCUCUAUGACCAAUAGCACAGCUGCCAGUAGACCUCCAGUUACCCUGAGGCUGGUGGUCCCUGCUAGUCAGUGUGGCUCUCUCAUUGGGAAAGGUGGUUGCAAGAUCAAGGAAAUACGAGAGAGUACAGGGGCUCAGGUCCAGGUGGCAGGGGAUAUGCUCCCCAACUCAACCGAGCGGGCCAUCACUAUUGCUGGCAUUCCGCAGUCCAUCAUCGAGUGUGUGAAACAGAUCUGUGUGGUCAUGUUGGAGACUCUCUCCCAGUCCCCCCCGAAGGGCGUGACCAUCCCGUACCGGCCCAAGCCGUCCAGUUCUCCGGUCAUCUUUGCAGGUGGUCAGGACAGGUACAGCACAGGCAGCGACAGUGCGAGCUUUCCCCACACCACCCCGUCCAUGUGCCUCAACCCUGACCUGGAGGGACCACCUCUAGAGGCCUAUACCAUUCAAGGACAGUAUGCCAUUCCACAGCCAGAUUUGACCAAGCUGCACCAGUUGGCAAUGCAACAGUCUCAUUUUCCCAUGACGCAUGGCAACACCGGAUUCAGUGGCAUUGAAUCCAGCUCUCCAGAGGUGAAAGGCUAUUGGGGUUUGGAUGCAUCUGCUCAGACUACUUCUCAUGAACUCACCAUUCCAAAUGAUUUGAUUGGCUGCAUAAUCGGGCGUCAAGGCGCCAAAAUCAAUGAGAUCCGUCAGAUGUCUGGGGCGCAGAUCAAAAUUGCGAACCCAGUGGAAGGAUCUACUGAUAGGCAGGUUACCAUCACUGGAUCUGCUGCCAGCAUUAGCCUGGCUCAGUAUCUAAUCAAUGUCAGGCUUUCUUCGGAGACGGGUGGCAUGGGGAGCAGCUAGAACAAUGCAGAUUCAUCCAUAACCCCUUUCUGCUGUUCACCACCACCCAUGAUCCAUCUGUGUAGUUUCUGAACAGUCAGCGAUUCCAGGUUUUAAAUAGUUUGUAAAUUUUCAGUUUCUACACACUUUAUCAUCCACUCGUGAUUUUUUAAUUAAAGCGUUUUAAUUCCUUUCUAUGUUCAGCUGUUAAUGCUGAGAUCCAUAUUUAGUUUUAUAAGCUUCUCCCUGUUUGUUUUUUUUUUUUUGGCUCAUGAAAUUUUUUUCUGUUUGUCAUGGAAAUGUAAGAGUGGAAUAUUAAUACAUUUCAGUUUAGUUCUGUAAUGUCAGGAAUUUUUCAAAAAAAAAAUUAAAAGAUGGACUGGAACUUUUUCUUUGUGAAUAGAAACUGGAUGCCACAGUGAUUCAUGUGGGUUUUA